AGAAUGAAACAAUAAUUUGACGUCCAGAGCUAUAUUAACAGCAGAGAAUAUUAACUCAAUGGUCUAAACAAGAUCAGUUCCUCCUCUAAUUACACGAAGAUGAAGAACGUCCGGACACGACCGGAUGUAAGGUACAUUAAAAUAAAGCAUUCAAGCUAGCUAGAAGACAUGGAGGCUAGGCAAAGCCACUAUUGACAGCCUUUCCCCUCCUACCAACAACUAUUUAGAGUUCCUUUAUCACGGACGUCUUUUGGCAAAGACUACAGUCAUGGAGUCCAUGCUGAACAAGCUGAAGAGCACCGUUACCAAGGUGACGGCUGAUGUCACCAGUGCCGUCAUGGGCAACCCGGUGACGCGAGAGUUUGAGGUGGGGCGCCACAUCGCCAGCGGGGGGCCUGGGAUGAGCUGGAGGAUCUACAAUGGGACCAAGAAGUCCACCAAGCAGGAGGUGGCAGUGUUUGUGUUGGAUAAGAAGAUGCUGGAGAAGCACCAGAGGUUUGAUAAGGAGCAGGUUCUGGAGUCUCUGAAGAAAGGAGUUCAGCAGCUGACCAGGCUACGCCACCCUCGCCUGCUCACCGUCCAGCACCCACUAGAGGAGUCACGAGAUUCUCUGGCGUUCUGUACGGAGCCUGUGUUUGCCAGUCUGGCCAACGUGCUGGGCCAGACUGACAACCUGCCCAGCCCUGUCCCCCCUGACAUCAUGGACUACAGCCUGUACCCUGUGGAGACCAAGUAUGGACUGCUGCAGGUGUCAGAGGGUCUGGCGUUCCUUCACAGCGGGGUGAAGAUGGUCCACGGGAACCUGUGUCCUGAAAACAUCAUCCUGAACAAGAGCGGAGCCUGGAAGAUCAUGGGCUUCGACUUCAGCAUCUCCUCCACCAACCCCUCAGACACCGAGCCUAAGUUCUCAUGUCGGGAGUGGGAGCCCAGCCUGCCCCCCCUGUGCCUCCCCAACCCCUCGUACCUUGCCCCAGAGUACAUCCUGUCUGUGAGCUGUGACACGGCAUCAGACAUGUACUCUUUGGGGGUGCUGAUCCACGCCAUCUUCAACCAGGGAGCCCCUGUCCUGCAGGUCAACCAGAAUGACAUCUUCAAAAGCUUCAGCAGGCAGCUGGACCAGCUGAGCAGGCUGGGGCCGUCCAUGCUGACUGUCCCAGAGGAGGUGAGGGAGCACGUCAAGAUGCUGCUCAGUAUCACACCCACCGUCAGACCAGACGCUGACCAGAUGACCAAGAUCCCCUUCUUUGAUGAUGUGGGGGCAGUGACGCUGCAGUAUUUUGACUCCCUGUUCCAGAGAGAUAACCUGCAGAAGUCUCAGUUCUACAAAGGACUGCCCAAAGUACUGCCCAAGCUACCCAAGAGGGUGGUGGUGUAUCGUAUCCUGCCAGCUCUCACCUCUGAGUUUGUGAACCCAGACAUGGUUCCCUUCAUCCUCCCCAACGUGCUUCUCAUAGCGGAGGAGUGCAGCAAGGAGGAGUAUGUCAGACUCAUCCUCCCAGACCUCACCCCCGUCUUCAAACAGCAGGAGCCUGUCCAGAUCCUGCUGAUCUUCCUCCAGAAGAUGGAUCUUCUUCUGACCAAGACCCCAGCUGAGGACAUCAAGAGCAGUGUGCUGCCCAUGGUGUACCGGGCCCUGGAGGCUCCGUCCAUACAGAUACAGGAACUGUGUCUCAACAUCAUCCCCACCUUCGCCAACCUGAUCGACUACCCCUCCAUGAAGAACUCUCUCAUUCCUCGGAUCAAAUCAGCCUGCCUGCAGACGUCCUCCCUGGCCGUGCGUGUCAACUCCCUGGUGUGCCUGGGGAAGAUUCUGGAGUAUCUGGAUAAGUGGUUUGUGAUAGACGAAGUGCUCCCCUUCCUGCAGCAGAUCCCCUCCAGGGAGCCUGCCGUGCUCAUGGGGAUCCUGGGUAUUUACAAGUGCACCUUCACACACAAGAAGCUGGGGAUUCCCAAAGAGCACCUUGCUGCCAAGAGUCUCCCUCACCUGGUGUCCCUCAGCAUUGACAACAACCUCAACCUCAGCCAGUUCAACUCGUUCAUGCUGGUGAUCAGGGAGAUGCUGAGUCGUAUGGAGGCGGAGCAUAAGACCAAGCUGGAGCAGCUCCACGCCAUGCAAGAGCAGCAGAGGAGUCUGAAUAUCUCCAACCAGGGGAACCAAUCAGAACAGACCAAGAGCACUCCAAGCCCUGGCAACCAGAUGGACGACUUCUUCGGAGCAGCGGGGGUCAACGGCCGUGAGAACGGCUCUUCUGCUCCAGCGUCACAGCCCAACAGAAUGUCCCUGACCCUGGAGGAGAAGCAGCGUCUAGCUAAGGAGCAGGAGCAGGCAGCCAAGCUGAGGAGCCAGAAGCCCCUCAACCCCCAGACCGUCACCCCAGACACCCCCAACUCACAGGCUAAAGACCUGAGCAGCAGCCUGCUGGCCAGCAUGCCCUCCCUGGGCAGCCUGUCGCUGUCCCCCUCCCCCCGGCCGGGCCCCCUGCAGACCAGCCCCAUGCCUGCCUUCCCCUCCUCCAGGCCCCCCUCCAUCACCAACGGCUUCAACCCUGCUGUGGGCUUCCCAGUUGGGGGCCUGGGCCUGGCCAUGCGGCCCCCUGGACCCAGCCUGUACGGAGGCAUGGCCACCACCACCAGCACCCCCAACUUCAGCUCCCUAACCCAGACCCCCUGUGGGCCCCCCGGGAGGACCCCCGACAUGUCUGCCCUGGACUCCCUCUUCACACCCAACAAGCCCAAAGUCAGCCUCAACCAAAUGGGGCCCAAGCCCGCCCCCGUGGCCGGCACCCCCUGGCUGGGCCAGUUUGGUACGGUCCAGCCCUCUCCCGCCCCCAUGCAGCCUGCGCCACUCACAAUGGGGGGGGGCAGCAGCUUUGGCAUGCAGGCCAACCCUUUCUUCAGCCCCCAGAACUUUGCCCCACCCUCGGCUGCCCCCUCCGGGAUGCAAGGUGGAUUGAAACAAAGCACCUCUGUCAACAACGAUCUGAAAGACCUGUUUGGCUAGAAUCACAUCCCUGCAUCCCUCCAUCCAAUCAUAGAACAAUGUCCUCCAGGGAACACAUGCUGUUUGAGCCCCAGGUGGACCCAGGAGGAAGUUACAACAAUCUGGAUGUAACCAUGACAACAUCCAACAAAGGAAGUUACUUGAUUGUGUCUUUAAUCCAGAUCUUUUGGAACUGUGGUAGUGUCUUCAAUCUUGAUUGGCUGGAACUUAAAAACUCUUUUCUUACUGAAGACAUAUGGGCGUGGCCAGGGAGUGGGAUCAGUUACUACUGGGCACAGUCAAAGCAGGAAGUGAAAACAAACCAAUUUAAAACAUUUAUUGACUCAUAGAUGAUCUGAGUUAACAUAGUAUGCUGUCUGGGGUGGGAUUCCUUCCAGCCUGUCUGUACAGCAGACUGUCAGUGAUGUCAGAGCAACAUGGUGGGCUUGAUUGGAUCCUGAGUUCCUCCUGUAUGGGUCCUGAUCCUUCCUUCUCCCUGUAUCUCUCACUUUUCUUUCUUUCUAUCCCACUCUCUUUCUAUAACUCCAUUCCUUUCUCUCUUUCUAGCUCCCUAUCUCUUCGGUCCCUUGGUCCUGGGUGUGAGUCCUGCUUCUCAUUCUCACACAAGUUGCUUGUGAUAUCAUUCCAGAUACGCAGACGGAGGUGUGUGUGUGUAGCCAGAGAGAGGGUGUGUGUGUUGGUGUGUGUGUGUGUGUAGCCAGAGAGGGUGUGUGUGAGACAGUCGGGAACAGAACCAGAUCUCCUGUUGAUGAACUAAGUGGAAAUCGAAUCUGUAGCUCCUCUUAGAUCUUCUUCCUCUCCCUCUUCCUGUUAGAUGGACAACAAGAAAGGGUCGAUUACAGUUCGUAUGUGCAAUUCUCCAUGUUACUUACAAACCACGUAUCAAUUAACUUAUUGACUUACAAUGAUUUUAUUCCAUGCAUCGACCCUACCUGCGCUGUUGAAACAAUGCUUUUUAACCUGUUCACUAAUUGUCUGAAAUCAUGUAAUAAUAAUAAGGUUGCUCUUUUUCUGUACUUAGGUUGGGGGGUUUUUUGUGUCUAAAAGGGACCAAACAUUCUUGGUGACAUGAGUAAACAAAAAAUAUAUCUUAUAUAUAAAUAUAAGUGUUUCUAAAGGGAGUGUCUCUGGCAAAGUUUAGAGCGCUAGGUAUCCCUCUGUUGGGGGGAAACGCCAGGUGUGUCUGGGUGUCUGCUGCUAGCAGACACCUCAUGUCACAUCUGGGAUGUUACCUGAGGUGAUGAAGGGCACCUGCCUGGUGUCCUAGGAUGAUGAAGGGCACCUGCCUGGUGAUGAAGGGCACCUGCCUGGUGUUCUAGGGUGAUAGUGAGGCCUUAGAGGAGGGGUGUGCAAUAUU